CCAAACGCUUUGCCAAGGGAUUUGCCCCUGUGGCACCAAACCCGGCCCAGCCGGGCAAUGUCCAGGGCUCGAAGCAGCACUGGUGACCCUGGGCAGGGGCCCCAAAGGGACCUGGGCCAGCACUGGAGCAUUGCCGCCUCCUUCGCCCACGCCGGUGAUGGCUGGGGCGCCGUCCCUUACCCCGUCACAGCCCCGGCGGUGCCCCCUGGGAUGCUCCCUGCCCAUUAAUCAUCAUUUUAUGUCGGCAACACCUUCGUGCUCACAGGAAGCCGUUGGCCGGGCAGAAAGGGGAAGGAAGGCAUUGCAAAUUCGGCUGCAAGGAGCUGCAGUGGAGGGCUCGGAGGGGCAGAGGGGAUGGGGGCGAGCGGAGCCGGCUGGAGGUGGCUCUGUGUCGCCGUGCUCGGUGCUGGGGCCGUACUCGCCCUCGAAGGGGAGGAGCUGUGGGACCAGAACAUCACCCAGCACGAUGACAACCCAGAGGCUAUGGGAGACCCCACCGCGGCCACCAGGGACGUGGAUGGGAUGAAGACGUGGCCUGUGGCCUCCCCGACCCCCUCUUUGACCAGGGACCCCCCCACCAUCACCGCGCCAACACAAGCAGGCAGCCUGGGGAACCAAACCCAAAAUGGGUCGGGAGUUCCCGUCAAGUACUGGUCCCCUGUGAUCUUUGUGCUCCUUGCUCUGCUCGUGCUCUUCUUCACCUACCGGAGGACCAAGGGCGAAGGGACGCGGGACCCAACCACCUCCAUCAGCGACUUCUCAGAUGCGCUUGUCCUAGAGCACGACACUGCCCUGAUCCUCCCCGCUGCCCAGGAGGACAGGAAGGGGGCAGAGAAACCCCAAGCCCAGGAGCUGACCGAGACCACCUUCUGCCAGCCAGACCCCCCCCCAGGACAGCCGCUGCCUUCCCAGCAGCCCGCUGUCCCUGAGGCCACCGGCGGUGCCCGCUGCUCCGGGGAGCCUGGUGCUGACUGAGGGCUGGCCGGGGGAGCCGGCGGCUUUUGGACAACCUGAUGGAGCAUGAGGCCACCCCAGGAUGACAAAUUCUGACAAGACACCCGGCGGGGGGAACACGUGGAUGCUGGGGGAUGAGAGCAUCGUGUACCGCCUCGCUCCACCCGAGGGAUGCUCCGGCGCAUCACCAAAUCCCUGCGGGACGGGGACCCGCGUGGGACGGGGCUGGGCGCAGCGUGGCCGCGUGUGCAUUCACUGCCCCCAAAGACAGGGCUCGGGGGGGGCACAGCCAAGCCAAUAAAGCCGGGUUUCACCCCGGAACUCCUGGAUUUUCUCCACCCCACGCAGCCGGGCUGUCAGUUUUUCCUGGCCCUAGGAAGGAGCGGAGGUGGCCGCAGGCCCACGCGGAGGGAAAAGUGGGGGCUGCGGGGGCAGGAGGUUUCUUGGCUGAUUAAUUACUCGCAGGAGGGGGGGGGGGGAAAAAACCACGCAGCUACCGUGCCGGCAGCUCAUUUGCUGAGCGCUGGAAGUCAUCACGGGGCAAAGGCGGGGUGAGAGAAAAGGGAAGGCGGCAAGGGCUGGAAAUAACCAUGGGGGCACCCUGUGGGUGGAAGCCGGGGAGGGCAGAGAAGCAAAAAAAACAUCGCGGGGAAGCGAGCAGCUCCCGAUGCGUGCAGCUGGACGGAUGCUGUCCCCACGGCCAGUGACACUGUGACAUGCCCGGGUCCCUGGGUUAACCUGGUCCCUGCCUUGGCUUCUCCUUUCUCUGCUCCCCAUGGUGCCAACGCACAGCCCCACUAAAACACCCCCAAACCGGGCUCCCAGCGGCACCAGCCCCCCGAGGGGCUCCAGCACCCGGGGGGGGCUCCGGCGCGGCGGUGCUGGUGUAAACGGGACUGGAAGCUGG